AUGCUUAGCUCCCCAGCUCCAACAUCACCAGAGCAAUGGCCUGCUCCAGUGCCAACCCCCGCGAACUCCGGGACCUCCAACAGAGCUCGACCAACAUCCCCGCAGCCAAAAUCAGCACCGAAACCACAACCCCGCCAAACCUCAACACCAGAGCCCCCAGCACCGCCAUUCCGCAACGUCUCAGCAUGCAACCGCUGCCGCCUCCGCAAACACCGCUGCGACCAACGCCUGCCCCGCUGUGAAUCGUGCGAAAAGGCCGGAGUCCGAUGCGUGGGAUACGACCCCCUCACGAAACAAGAAGUCCCACGCAGCUAUGUAGCCUUCCUCGAAAACAGAGUCAGUUACCUGACCGAGGUCCUCCUCGACCACGGCAUCGACUUCAAGCCGGCCCUCGCCUACGACGAAGAAGAGACACUCCGCAUGGAGGACGCGCGCUCAGGAAACGAGCCCGCGCCACGAGAUACACUCGGCGCGAGGGUAUCUCCCACAGAACAAGCGGAAAGCAUGUCGCGCAAGAGGAAGUUGAAUCAGUACGAUGACAAGAUUCCUGUUCGUCAGGUAAAACGCCUAUCGCAGUUGAAUGUGCUUCUCAAAGAACUGUUCAAUGAUGGUUGCGCACACCAGUGCUCUCGAGAGCGCAAUCUCAGACAAAUUCCUUCACGGAGAGAGCGACAAGAAAUACCCGCUCGUGUUCGAGCUUCUUGGUCUCCGCAGAGCUUCCAAUCCAUGGAUCACAGCGAUGGACGCACUAGUCCUGAGACUGCGUCGCCAAGCUCAUCGCAUGAGCCGUACCCGUAUUCAUAUCACGAUACUAGUCCGAGACGGGGGAUGUCUCUCUUUGGGGCGGCGUCGAUUCUCGACUCGGAUAAUGCGUCUCGGGUCUACGAGUCUAGACAUCAGCCGGAGGCUGAUCUUGGGUUGUUGGAUUUGCCAUUCAAUGGGUUGGAUGGCAAGUCGUUUGGAAGUGGGUUCUCGGAGCAGAGAAGUUCGGGACGUGGUUUGAAUAUGCCCAGUUACGGACUGCCUAAAGCGCAGGAGUGUCCUCCUGAACCUAAAUUCGAUAUUGCUGCUGAUCUUCUUCGCGGGCGGAGAGAGAGGAGCGAGAGAAUUGAUAGGGAAAGGGCUAAUUUCGAUUUGCUCGACGAGUUCUUGGUUGAUUGGGCUGAGUGA